AUGAACCUGACUCCCAGGGUUUAUGCUCAAAGUCACGGUGGUUGUCUGAAAAAGUGCUUCGAUGAAUACCCAGGAUGCGUCGUGGUUGGCGUGAUGGAUGUGCAGUACGAAGAUUAUAAAUGUGCUUGCAACACCUAUACUCUGACGAACUCUUCCACCGAUCAUGCAUCGCCUACCGCUAUUUCUCUUACGACUUACAAGUUGGACAGAAACGAAGUUGAUGCUAAGUGUCCAUUGGCGGUGGACGUGCUGCCAUAG